AUGGCGUCAGAAAUUCGUUUGAUAUCAAAAUCUAUUCAUAAACAUAAUCGAUCUUUACUUGAAUAUUCUAUUUCAAAUGAUACAAUAUUAUCUAAUCGUUUAUUAAGUCCAAUAAUAGAGAAUUCAACUGAAAUUCAUUCAACACCUAUUUCAAUAAAUAAAAUAUGUUCAAAUACAUCUCAAAAAAUAUUAAAUAAUAUUAUUUUGAAAAAUGAUAAUUUAACAAUCGAUGAACUUAAUCAUAUAUUGAUACAAAAAUCUCAUCAAUAUAUGAAAGAUUUUCAUAAUAUUCAAAAUUAUCUUAAUAAAUUUGAUAAACAUUUUAAAGAAUUAUCAAAUAUUAUUGAAUAUCUUCGAACGAAUAAAAAUUUUACUAAUACAAUUGAACUUAUUGAAACACGUCUUUUACAAAUGCAUGUUAAACGAAAUCAAAUUGAUCGUUUACUAAAUCAAUCUUCUAUAAAAAAUCUUAUAGAAAAAAUUUUACCAUAUAUUCUCAAAUCAAAAUUAAUUAUAAAUUAUAAUGAAUUAUUAACUUCACUACAAUUAAGUAUGAAUCAAAAAACAACUUUAAUUGAUCAUCUUAAAAAUGAAUAUCGAUAUAGGAAAUAUCGAUUAAAUGAAUAUUCAUUAAAAUUUCAACAACAAAAUGAAUUACUUAUUAAAUUAAUAAAACAAAUACAAUAUGAUAAAAUAAUUAAACCAACAAAUCAUAUAUUUAUAAUUAAUCAACAAUCAAAUGAAUUAAUAAAUUUAUCAAAUGAAUAUAAACAACUUCAAAAUGAAAAUUAUUUAUUAACAUUAAAAGCUAAAGAAAAUCUUCAAAAAUUUUCUAUGAUUAUACAAUCAAAUCAUCAUUAA